ACAUUUAUAUAGGACGUACAAUUGUUUGAUUUUAUAAACUCAAGUCCUAUAACAUUUGGACAUUUUUGUUGCUUGUAGUCUUGUUCUCUCUUGUCCAUGCUCUUUGUUAUUUAAUAUAUUGGCUUUUCAAAAGAAAUAAAUGUGAAAUCGAUUUUGUUGUAGUGAGCACGUUGGUUUAGAUAGUUUUGUCAGCAUGCAUAUGUAUCGUAUAUAUUAAUAUAUCUUUAGUUACUUCCAACUAAUCGCAUGACCGUGGCCCUCGCGUAUAAAAACGAUAACUUGUGAAAUUAUUGCCAGUGAAUAUUGUAUCUUUGGUGUUGAAGUGAAAAUAAGAUGCUUAAAACCAUGAAGAGCUCAAGUUGCAGUACUUGCUUUCCAUGGCUUGUGACCAUGUCUUUGUGUCUUAUUGCAAGAUCUCAGCUAACUGCAGAUUUCUACUCAACUUCAUGUCCUAAUCUUUUCAGCGUUGUACGCAGACAAGUGUUCAGCGCGGUGAAGACUGAAUCAAGAAUGGCUGCUUCUCUGCUUCGGCUUCAUUUCCAUGAUUGCUUUGUGAAUGGUUGUGAUGCAUCGGUUUUAUUGGAUGGAAAUGAUGGAGAGAAGUUUGCCUUCCCGAACAUUAAUUCAGCUAGGGGAUUUGAGGUGGUUGACGCUAUUAAAACCGCUGUAGAAGGUACAUGCAGUGGAGUAGUCUCAUGUGCUGACAUUCUCGCCAUAGCUGCACGAGAUUCGGUUGUCUUAAGUGGAGCGCCUUCAUGGAAAGUCUUGCUAGGAAGAAGGGAUGGACUUGUGGCAAACCAGACAGGAGCCAAUACUAACCUCCCUGGUCCCAAUGAGUCGAUUGGUAUUAUCGCGGCCAAGUUUGCGGCUGUCGGUCUCAACCUUACAGAUGUUGUAUCCUUAUCAGGUGCACACACAAUUGGAUCUGCAAAGUGUGCUGUGUUCAGCCAUAGGUUAUUCAACUUUUCUGGAACAAAUGCUCCCGAUAAGACGUUAUUGGACCCAGCCAUGGUAUCAGACCUUCAAGCUCGGUGCCCAGUUAACGGAGACGGGAACAAGACCACGGCUCUCGAUCGGAACUCCGUGGACCUGUUUGAUAAUCAUUACUUCAAAAACUUGGUGAAUGGUAAGGGACUUCUUGAAUCUGAUCAAUUCCUGUACUCGAGUGAUGAAGCUGUGUCAACUACACGAAGCCUUGUUGAAGUCUAUAGCAACAACCAACAGCUUUUCCUCAAUGACUUCGUUACAUCAAUGGUCAAGAUGGGGAACACGAGUCCGCUUACGGGCUCCAGCGGAGAAGUUCGAAAAAACUGCAGGGUUGUGAAUUCAUAGAAGAAAAAAUUUGUGCAUGUGUGUGGCGUUAAUAAAUAAACAGAAAGUAUAGGGACUGCUUUUGUCAUUGUUUAUUUCUGUUUUCAGCUGUUUAGGCUUCAACAAACUUCUCCUUCUCCCAUCAUUCCGUCUUUUAUGUUAUCUACGCUAUCUUAGAGAAAUCUACCUGCAAUUUUAGAAAUUUUUCGAGAUCCGAGAAAA